UCUUACGACAGAUCAAUCGAUAGGCAAUUCGGCGAUGUGAUCUGCGUUGCUUAUCAUCAGCAAUCGAGUUGUCUUUCCGCAUUGGCGAUUUGCAUCGUUUUCAUACUGUAGAUCGAUCGAAGCAAAAGUGCAGCGUACCAAGUGAAGACUCCUAUGAGCAGUAGUAUUCCUCUAGCAGAAUGGCAAAGAUACCGGCUUCAGCAGCUGUCGUUCUGGAGACAGUUGAGGAAGAUGCUUGCGAGCUCAGUUUCCCAAAAGAGUUCGAAAACGCUGAAACUCUACUAAUAUCUGAGGUUCACAUGCUGCUUGAUCACCGGAAGCAGCAAAACGAAUCAGCUGAGGAGGAACAGGAACUGUCGGAACUUUUUACGAAAACGCACAACUACUGCGAGCGAUUUUCAAAAUUCAAGAACCGUGAAACCAUUGGUGAAGUUCGAAACAUGCUUCAGCAAAAGAAAUUACACAAGUUUGAACUAGCCCAGUUAGCUAACCUUUGUCCCGAGAACCCGGAAGAGGCAAAAGCACUAAUCCCGUCGCUGGAGGGUCGAUUUGAGGAUGAAGACCUUCGCCAGCUACUUGACGAUAUCCAAACGCAGAAGAGCUUCCAAUUCUAAUAACACAGUAUUAAUUAUAGGCGUAUCCGAAUUCUCAUGGGUAAUUAUGUAUUACUGUGUGUCUUAGGGGCGUUUCAAUAAACUGUUUCAAAUUUCACAGUCUAAUAAUACGAAAUAAGUGGACAUAUGAUUUUAGUGAAACAUCUAGUGGGAGUAAUCUAAGAGGAUAGGAAAUAUAGUAAUGGAAAGAGUCACAUGUACUAGAGAUGUUCAUUUUUCUUGCCCAUGAAGUACUUCAGGCACAUCCGCAAGGAUGAACACUUCGUUCUUAUAUACCAGCCACCUGUAACGGCUAUUCGUGUGGUUAUGUCUCGCUUGAGUAGGGAAUAACCUAGCCGAAAGGUAUUGACGAGCACCACUUGCAACAUAAGGGUCAACAAGAUACUCUUGAUCAAAUCCUGCCCUAAGCGUCCUCCUUAGGCCAGGAUUGAACGAGUUGCCUUGAUUAUCUCUAUUUCUGAUUAAGCUGAAUUUAUAAACACACAACAAUAUGAUAUGGGUACUGCAAGUAGUCUCAUACAAGCAUCUGGACCUAUUUUAUCCCGUUGAAGAUUUUGUGUUUAGCAGAGUUAGAUGCAGAAUAGGCUGGUGAUCUCAUCAACUGUGAAGAAAAAAGUAAAGGCAUGAUCAACCAAAAAAUGCCCGGUUACUAAAAGUAUUUUUUAUUGAUUUAAAACAUGUGGUAUGUUUAAGAGUUUCAGCUAGGUACUUUCAAAUAGGAAAUAGUUUGUAGUAGAAUCCAAACUUCUGCAAUAGAUAUUUAUAAUUUCGUUUUUACUAUAUACAGUGUUUAUAGCGCUAAGAGGUAUUCAAAAUGCUCGCAUCUAGUAAACUUAUGAAUGGGUUUUUUAUAAUUUCUAAAGUAACCAGACGGCAUUGGACGUACACAUGAGAGAAGUAUCAAAAAGAUUGUGCCGAAAGUAUAUAAUUAAAGUCGACCUAUGGCUGUAUUGAAAAGAUAUUUAAAAUUUCACAUUAAGCGCUAUAUAUACUGUUAUAGGGCAGUAGUAUGCUAAGCUAGGUAUAAUAUGAACUCAUGAUAUGUGGCUUUUAUAAAAGAACGACGUAUUUAAGUUUCAAUAUGAUUGAAACAGGCUUCAUGCAACGAGGUCAAAUAAAAAAGAAAUGCUUAGUUUAGCUUCUUUAGAAUGAGGAGAUUUAAAUAAAUGUUUCCGGUUGAAAAUGAAUCCCGUAAACGACAUUUGUCACUACAAUGCUGGAUAUUAUUCAAGGGUGCAUUCUUUAAGUAAAUUCCAUUGCUUUAAAUAAAUGAGAGAGCAGGGUUAUGUUCAUUUUAUCAACGACGCGACGUAAUCACGACGACCCGGAUAAACUGGGUUGCUCGUUGAAAUUGUGCUGCUGCCACAUUCGCUAAUUAAGAUAUUUCUAAGCUGUUGAUCUCUAUUCUUGUUAGUAAGAUAUGGUUCGGUAAAAGAAAAUUACAAAAGAUAG